AUGUUACCUUUUACUGAUAUAGGAAAACCAUUGUUUUAUCGCAUUCAGAAUAUCAGUAUAAUGACUGGUUUGAUCAUUCUUUGUUUUAUGCUCGUUUAUGUCACUCCUCAAGUAAAAUUACUUAUUGGUAUUCAAACUUCAACUACAGUAACAUCUACAAAUGUACAACAACAUCAUAUUUUAUCUAACAAGUCAUCAGAUAUUAAUACUACAAAUCAAGAACAAUUAUCAUGA